AUGGCUGGCACCACGCUAGCAAUACGCUCGCUGGGCUCCCCGUGCAUCAUGCAGCUGACUUCGAUGCCACGCCGUAACGCCUCCGCGGCAUCACAAGCCCUGCGUGCGAAGCCUUUCUGGUCGAUUUAUUCCCAAAAAGUUUCGGGUAACGCUCGCCGUGGCUAUGCCGAUCUUGCGCCCACGAUGCCGCCAACGCCGUCGCCCUCGCCUGCCCCUAAACCCAAUAAGCGGUUCCGUCUUCUGCUCUGGUCCUGGUGGUUGGCCUGGCUCUCCGGACUUGGUGUUACCAGUGUCGUGGGUUUUAGUAUCUACACUCUCCGCUGCCCAAAGGAGCAGAUCGAGCCGGAUCCUUCGAAGAAAACCCUGGUGAUUCUCGGUAUGAACUGGUUGGGGUUCCGUCUCCCUGCUGAAAAAGCUCGAUACGCAGAACUACAACGUCGUGGUCGUCUCCCCCGCAACUAUUUCCUGUUCACUCCCCUGCUGCCGUCAUGUACCACUGGUCUUAUCGAACACCGCUCAAUCAUGGAGCCAAUCCGUAAUGUGCUGCGUCAGAAGAAGGCCGCAGUGAAAUUUUACGAAGCCGAGGCUACUAAGAUUGAUUAUGAAAAACGCGUUGUUUGCAUCAAAGAUGAAUCCGAGAUCAAGGGUGAUAUUUCCCACACUGAAGUUCCUUUUGAUAUGCUUGUGAUCGGCGUUGGUGCCGAGAACGCGACCUUUGGUAUUCCCGGUGUACGCGAGCAUUCUUGCUUUCUGAAGGAGGUCAACGAUGCUCAAAAAAUUCGUAAGAGGAUUAUGGACUGCGUCGAGACUGCUAUGUUCAAAGAUCAGCCACUUGAUGAGAUCAAGCGCCUGCUGCAUAUGGUAGUGGUUGGUGGUGGCCCGACUGGUGUCGAGUUUGCCGGUGAAAUUCAAGAUUUCUUCAGUGAGGAUCUCAAGAAGUGGAUUCCCGAGAUCCAGGACAGCUUCCACGUCAGUUUAAUCGAGGCUCUACCAAACGUUUUGCCCAUGUUCUCCAAACAACUGAUUCACUACACCGAAUCGAUAUUUAAGGAGGAGAAGAUCGACAUACGCACUAAAACUAUGGUUAAGAAAGUCACCGAGAAGUACAUUGAAGCCGAAGUUACCAAGCCCGAUGGCUCGAAAGACAUCGAAAUUAUUCCCUACGGCCUCCUGGUCUGGGCCACCGGCAAUGCUGUGCGUCCCGUUGUGCGCGACCUAAUGGGUCAGCUCCCCGCCCAGGCAAACUCUCGCCGUGGUCUCGCCGUAAACGAGGACCUAGUCGUCAAUGGUGCCAAGAAUAUAUGGGCCGUCGGCGACUGUGCUAUCACCAAUUACGCCCCGACCGCCCAGGUUGCCGUCCAGGAAGGUGCCUUCCUGGCCCGCCUGUUCAACACCAUGGCCGAGUCUGACGAGAUCGAGAAGGAGCUUCAAAAUCUGUCCAGUCAGCAGUCCCAGGAGCAGUCCGAAAACGAGCGCAACGAGGUCUUCGAGGAGAUCCGUAGACGCCAGAAUCAGAUGCGCAGGGUCAAACAAAUUGGUCCUUUCCAGUACUCGCACCAGGGCUCCCUCGCUUACAUUGGCAAAGAACGUGCUGUCGCCGAUAUCAGCUGGCUAAACGGCAACAUCGCCAGUGGCGGUACUCUGACUUAUCUCUUUUGGCGUAGUGCAUACUUAAGCAUGUGCUUCAGCACUCGCAACCGUGUCCUGGUCGUCGUGGACUGGAUCAAGGCCCAUCUGUUUGGCCGUGACGUUUCUCGGGAGUGA